AUGACCACUCUCCUUCAUCAACUCUCACCAAUCCAUUCACCAACUGGCCAACCCUACCUUUCCUCUCUUCCCCUGUCGUCAUCCCCUUCCUCAACACCAGAUUGUCGUCGGUCCAUCGUGCGUCCUCCUACGCGCGCGUCAGCCUUUGCCGCAGUGCUCGUCUUGCCUCGGCCUUCGCUCGUCUCGUCUCUGUCUGCCUUCGCCGUCGAGCUUCAUGCCACCAGCCAAACCUCCGCUCCUCCGCCCUCACACUUGCCUUGCCGCAGCUCGUCGUCGUCGAGCAGAGACAUGGAGACAGGCGACAAUAGUACAACAGACAAGCACUCAUCGGUCGCCCUUAACACUCACCUUGCCGGUCACCCUCCGAAAUUGGGAUUUGCAGAAGAAGAAGGCCAACGGUGUGGAUAG